CGUUUUGUAACUGUCUUGUUUUAUUACACACUCUCACAAACAUAUCCAAUUAUCCAUGAUCCUUUAUCUGUUUAAAGGUGGAAUAAAGAGUAUCUGGAGACUGUAGCAUGGAACUUUUAAUAUCCAUGUUCCUUUUACAAUAGUUUUAAGUUUAUCAGCAUACCUAAAAUGCAGUAAGUAGUAUACGAGAGGUGACAUUUUCUAAGGUCACUAGCAAGGAUGACCAUGGAUUACUUUAAGGAACCAGUACAUAGCUGAAAAAAACGCAAUGGUCUGCACUACAGUAUCACUAGGAAGAGUUCAUACCAGGGGAUGCAUUCCACAGCAGGUUGUGCCUAAAUUAGCUCAUGUAUAUAGGGAGAAUAAAAGACACCUCCCCUUUGUAUCCCGGCUUUCACAUAGUUCUCAGAGAAGAAUACUUGAGACAGUGAAAUCUGCAUUGAGUAGUCAGGAGAAGCAACUGAGGGCCUUAGAUUCUUACUUCAAAAAACUCCAUGAUAGCACGGGAGAUUCAUCUUCGAAUGAGAAAGCUAAACUAACAGGCAAAAAUCAUCAACUUAAAGCAGAAAAGGCACUGCGAUCUUUGAAAGAUUUUAGUGGAAAAGAAAUUGGAGGUGCAGAGUCAAAACUCCAUUCCUUUUCUGCUUCUGAUGACGACACAUUUGAAGAAGCAUCAUAUUUUUCCAUCAAAAUGAUCAACAGUGAUGGCAAGACUAAGAAACUAAAACAGUAUGUGAAGUUAAAAGCUAAGGACAUUCAGAGUUCGAACGAAGAAUCAUCUAGUUUUUACUUGAUAGGCAUACUGGCUUCAAUUAACAUUGCAGUUUUCCUCUUCGAGACAGCUAGUCCGGUCAGGAACUCUGAUAUAGGGAUGUUUUCACUUCCGAUGGUAUAUGGCGCGAAGAUAAAUCAUUUGAUCCUACUUGGUGAAUGGUGGAGGCUUCUAACACCGAUGUUUCUGCACUCAGGAGUCCUUCACGUAGCCCUUGGUUGUUGGGUGCUUAUAAGUUUUGGGCCUCAAGUAUGUAAAUCAUAUGGUUCAUUUCCAUUCUUCCUGAUAUAUGUUCUUGGAGGAAUUUCUGGUAACUUGAUCAGCUAUCUUCACACACCAGAGCCAACUGUUGGUGGAACUGGACCUGGUUUUGCUCUAAUAGGAGCUUUGCUCGUUUAUCAAGCUCGGAACAAAGACAUGCUAGGAAAAGAAGCUUCUAAAAGCAUGAUUGAAAAGGCAAUAAUUGCAACUGCUUUCAGCUUUGUCCUAAGCAACUUUGGGCCUAUAGAUGACUGGGCACAUUUGGGAGCAACAUUGAUGGGAAUAGCAUAUGGUUUUCUUAUAUGUCCAACUCUUCAAGUGGACAAUGCAUCUUCAGAAAGUGGUGAAAAAGAAGGAAUCACACUUGUUAAACAAUAUUCAGAUCCUUGUAAAUCUCUUGUUUAUUUCUCGGUCUUAAUUCUGCUGCUUGCGUCUUUGCUUUUGGUAAUAGAACCUCCACUCAACUCAUUAGCUGGAGGUGAAGAAGGGUUCUAUAUAAGCUGAAGCGGGGUGCUUAAUUAAAACCACAAAUAUACCCCUUGUAAAUAGGCUUGUUGUAUACAGGUUUUGAAUAAAUAAGCUUUACAAAAUUUUCUUAC